AUGGUACACCAACUCCCAUCCCACCGAACACGGCCCCUUCCUGCCAGACCCGAACACGGAAACCACACCCAACAUGUCCUCUGCCACGAGAAACGACACGCAGUCACGAACUUCUGGCUACAGCACACCAUCCUCUGCCCGACUUCCUUAAACCGACCCCGACUAUGGUGGUCCGUGAACGCCAUGCUUCCGCACAUCCACGCCGGCGAUCCUGUUGAUAGGGUUCAGCUGGCACUGGCGCAUACGGGGAUUCAUGGGAUGGGGCGUUAUGUUCUUGGCUGGGUCGAUUACGCGGCUGUCAACGAUGAUGGGGGACGAGAGAGGUUGAAGAGAGAUAGUGCGUAUGGCUGGCUGUCUGCACGGCGUCUUGCAGAGUGGGAUGAAGAUAAGGCGAGAAGGUCUCCUUAG